UAACACACGGGCUUUAGCAAGAUGGCUGCACUUCAGGAGUGUGCGCUGUAAAGCAGCGGUCCACAUCACUGGAGCCAGCGCUUAUUCACGUCCGCCAGUGAUCGAGCGGGACGCGUCUGUUAAGUGAGUGUUUUACUGUCAUACCAAUGCUUUUCAACAGGAUAUAUCGCGUGGAUUCAGGUGAAAUGGUGAGAGGGGGGUAGGAGUGAGGCCAUGGGCUGCACCUCAGCUAAGCAGGUGUCGGCUGUGCCCACCGACGAAGAGGGCCGAAGCAAAGCUUAUAGCAACGGAGACCUCUUCAGUGAUGAAUACAAGAUGAAGGGAGUGGAGGAAGUUAAGUACAUGCGUGGAGAAGAGGACCGAGUAAACGCACGCAACCAGGAGAACCUGGAGAAGAGUUCAACGCAGUACAGGACCAAACAGCACAAAGAGGUGCCUGGGCCCAGUGCCAACAAGACAAAUAUACAUACGUCAGAGAGUCAGCAGGAGUUUUUCAGAAUGCUGGAUGAGAAGAUUGAGAAGGGGCAGGACUACUGCUCGGAGGGAGAGGACGAUGUCACAUAGCAGAGAGGCUCCACUUCUUGACGAAGACAGAAAGAGAGUGUGAACUCAAAUCAGUGUUUCCAAUGUCUAUAACACUCUGUCAGUUUGAGAGAAAGCGUGUGUGUGUGUGUGCGAGAAUGUUCGAGUGCGCUUGCGAGAGUGAAAGAACGCAGGAUUUUUCCUUAUAGGCUGUUGCACCCCUGAACUCUUCUCUCUUGGGCUCUCUUGCCCCGCAUGGAGAUCAAGAUGGUUGGAUGAGGGAACAGGCUUGAUUGAUGUAUUAUCAACACAGACUCGCUCUGACGUGAUCUGAGGACCCAGACCCAGAAACGGCCCCCUUCCUCCCUUUCCAUGACGGAGCCACGUGAGACGGAGAGAUUAUGCAGAAAAAGCAGGAUGACAGGAUGUGGAAAAGCAAGGCGACAUGCCUCUCCCAAUCCUUAUUCAAGUGGCAGGCUGAAGAAAACGGACUUAUGGAGGCACGAGAGGAGAGCUCUUGAACAACAUCCGUCAUCUUGUGUUCUUUUUCUGUUUCAGCGGGAAGGGGGAUAUGAAAAAGAGAGCUAUUUUAUUAAGAGUGAUUAUAUGAACGAACCGGGUGAUUUUUAUUAUUUUGAUAAGAGCGACAUGAGGCUGAGUUUUGAAAUCUGGACUCCUGCUUUUUUGAAGGACGUUUUUUUAUUUGUGGAGGUUGUUUGUUUGUUUAUUUUGUAUGUAUUUCGGCCUUAUUGAAUAGAUCAUCACCCUUGAGCUAGUGUUGUAAGGUCAGGAUUGUGCCUUGACCCCAUAAUGCUCACACACAGAACUAAAAUACAUUACCACACCCUCUUUCCACACACAACUUCUCACUUUCUAUUUGUAUAUCCUGCUUUUAUUUGUCAAGUUCUCAUAAAUAGGCAGAAAUAUGAAUAGACUGGUAACCGACAGUUGUUGUUACCCACACACAUAGCUACCAAAAUGGAUCCCUUACAGCCACUAACAAACACUGUUUAACUCAUAGAUCCACAUGAGAUCAUGGAAGAAUUGCAAGGAUGUGGGAUUGUCAAACUGAACAGCUUUUAUGGGUUUUUGAGGGCUGUGUUUGUGUUAAUCUGUCGGUUCUGACUGUUAAUCUUUAUUGAGGGGAUGUAUAGGAAGGGUUAAAAGCGCCCUGUAAAUGUUCAGCUGCAGUGUUUCCCAUUAUUUCGUCUUUGUUCAUUCACUGCCUUUCUCACCUCGUAAGUGUAGAGGCUGAUGGUCUUCAACCAUAAACGAGACCAGCGAACCAGUAUGAGGUGGGGUGGGGUCACAGCACUGGUCAGGCAUCUGUAAUUGUGAUUACUGGAUUGAAUCCUUUUUAAAAAUAUAUUUUCAAUAUGUUUUCUUUUUCUAUUAAAAGGUUAAGACAGA